GUCAUGUCCGGGCAGGGGCUGUUGCCGGACCUCCAUAACCAAAGGUACAUUUGUUGCAGUUAAACUGUCUGACAUGCAUAGUUAUUGGGGCCGAGAGAGCAAACUUUUCCGGUGCAGUUUAGUCUUCGUAGGAAUGAUAGGUUAUUCUCAUAAAUUUAAUUUUAGUUUAUCUCAUCUUGAUGAUUCAACAACAUUCCUAAACAAUAAUAAAGAGUUUAUGAGUAUGCCAUUACUGUUGGACUGGGGGAUUGCUGGCUACCUGAAUUGCACAGAAGCUGCUCAGAAUUCCACUAAUUAUGCAUGUCAAAAGAACAGUUAUUGCAUUAAUUUGUACAACGAUUUUAGAGGAGUAUAUCAAUGCAGGUGCAAGAAAGGAUACGAGGGCAAUCCUUACGUAGGAUGCCGAGAUAUCAACGAAUGCAUGAAUAAUCCAUGCAUCCCAUAUGGAACCUGCACCAACACUCCCGGUUCUUAUCGGUGUUCCUGUCCUUCCGGUUAUCGUGGUGAUGGUAAAAGAAAUGGUUCUGGUUGUAUUCCAAUAUCGGUACCCCAUGGUAAACUCGCAAUAGGAGUAGGCUUGAGUGCAGGAAUGGGAUUGCUAGUGCUGUUGUCAACUUGCUUUUGGUUGUACAAGUUUCAGAAGAAGAGAAGAAGUAAAAAUCGCAAAGAAAAAUUCUACAAACGAAAUGGUGGUCUUCUGCUGCAACAAAUAUCAACGGACGAAGGAAUACUUCAAAAAACCCGACUUUUCAGUGUUAAAGAGUUAGAGAAAGCUACUGAUCAUUUCAGUGAAAGUCGAAUACUUGGUGAAGGAGGUCAAGGGAUGGUUUAUAAAGGAAUGUUAUCUGAUGGAAAAAUUGUGGCAAUAAAAAAAUCAAAGGUAGUAGAUGAAAAUCAAGUGGAGCAAUUCAUUAAUGAGAUUGCCAUGCUUUCACAAGUUAUUCAUAGGAAUGUAGUUAAACUAUUAGGUUGUUGCCUAGAAACUGAAGUUCCUUUACUAGUUUAUGAAUUCAUUUGCAAUGGAACCCUUUACGAUCAUAUUCGCGACAACAAUGAUGAGUUCCCAUUGUCAUGGAACAUGCGCUUGAAAAUUGGUGUAGAAGUCUCAGAAGCACUUGCCUAUCUUCAUUCUGCAACUUCUAUCCCCAUCUAUCACAGAGAUAUUAAGUCAACUAACAUUCUACUUGAUGAAAAAUAUGUAGCUAGAGUUUCAGACUUUGGAACUUCAAGAUCAAUCGCAGUGGAUCAUACUCAUCUAACUACACUAGUAAAAGGAACCUUCGGAUACUUAGACCCAGAAUACUUUCAAUUAAGUCAAUUUACAGAAAAAAGUGAUGUCUACAGUUUUGGAGUUGUUCUUGUUGAGCUCUUGACUGGACAACGACCAAUAUCUUUAGCCAAAACGGAAGAGGAAAGAAGUUUAGCAACAAGAUUUUUGUUAUGUAUGGAAGCACACAAUCUCAAAACUAUUCUUGACAGCCAAGUUUUAGAGCAGGGUAAGAGAGAAGAACUAAUUGCUGUGGCAAAACUUGCACAAAGGUGCUUAAAUUUGAAUGGGAUGAAAAUGCCAUUGAUGAAAGAAGUAGCCAUGGAGUUGGAGAUUAUUAAAAUAUCUCAAACGCAUUCGACUACAUCUGAUACUAAAUAUCAAGAACUUCUGUUGCCCAAAUCCAAAGCAAUAUUGGUGUCGGAUGAUGACUACACAUGGACAAGUACCUCUGGUAAUAUCAUCCCAUCAUCAGAAGUACAACCCCUAAUGAUUCACACUGCUUGAUGCAUUCUCUGAUUUCUAAACAAUUUCCUCAUUUGUUGUAUAAUAUAUGCUUUUGUAAUAGUCUAUUUAAACACCUUAAUAGCAUUUGGUCAAGAUUUUUUUGAUAUAAAUAAAGG